CCGGCAGGUGCCCGGUAGAAAAUCCCCAACAUUCGCUGCGCUUGGCCUUCUCUUGGCUGCAAUGGUCGCGACCUCGGCUCUGGCACUCAACAUGCCGACAAGACCCUGAGAGCUGCCUCAGCUUAAUUCAACAUGGCCGAUGAAACCGAAAAGGACAAACGACACAGCCAAGAGCUGGACGGCAACAAGGUUGAUAAUGAUGCCGAGAAACAUGAGCAGUCGCUCCUGGACUCGAGUUCAACAGCGGGAUCGCUUGAUGCCGUGAAAGCGGAAAAAGAAAAGACAUCGAAAGCUCAAGACCACCCGGGCCCCAGGCCGAUCCAUCAUGACGACCUUGGGUCCCCUGAUAUCGACCACGACGAAGCCGAGGGCGCCGUCUCAGGCCAGGAGCUUGACGUUGAGCUUGCCCAACAACAUGACAACACCGAGCUCAACCGCAUCAGCACGCGCACAAGCACCCGGUCGCGCCUGUCGCGCAUCAUCUCGCGCAAGCGCACCCGCGAGCGCAUCCCCCGGGCGCCGAUCCCCGUGUCCAACUUGGACGAAGGCAUCGUCGGGUGGGAGUCGCAGGACGACCCGGCCAUGCCGCUCAACUUCCCCGCGCGCAAGAAAUGGCUCAUCGUUGGCUUGCUUUCGGCCAUCACCCUGCUGACGCCCUUCGCCUCGUCCAUCCUGGCCCCCGGAAUCUCGGGCAUCAACCGCGAGUUCGGCAACACGAACCAGGUGGUCGGAACCAUGACCGUCAGCGUCUACUUGCUGGGUUAUGUCAUUGGGCCGCUGUUUCUGGCUCCGCUGAGCGAGCUGUACGGGAGAAGGCCGGUGCUGAGUGCGGCGAAUGCCUUCUUUUGCGUGUGGCAGAUUGGGUGCGCGCUAGCGCCUUCGAUCGAGUCGCUGAUUGUCUUCCGCUUCUUCAGCGGCAUUGGCGGUGCCGGGUGCUUGACUCUUGGCGCGGGCGUCAUCUCGGAUGUCUUUCGUGUUGAUGAAAGGGGGUUUGCUAUUGGCAUCUACACCCUUGGGCCGCUGCUUGGACCCACGAUCGGCCCUGUCCUGGGAAGCUGGCUCACUCAGACCAUCGGUUGGCGCUGGGACUUCUGGAUCGUGUUCAUCGUCGCCGUCGUCAUCGUCGGCCUGACCGAGAUCUUCAACUCCGAGACCAACCCGCGCAUCCUCAUGCAGCGCAAGGUCAAACGCCUUCAGAAAGAGCUCAACCGUCCCGACUUGCGCAGCUGCUACGACGCCCCCGGCGCCGACAAGCUCAGCCCCAGCCGCAUCCUACUCAACGGCCUCACCCGCCCGACCAAGAUGCUCUUCCUGUCGCCGCUCGUCUUCUUCGUCUCGCUCUACAUCGCCUUCACCUACGGCACGCUCUACCUCCUCUUCACCACCAUUCCCGUCGUCUUCCAGCAGACGUACGGCUGGAGCGUCGGUAUCACGGGCCUCGUCUACAUCUGCCUCGGCAUCGGCAACAUGGCCGGCUGGGCCGUCAUCACCUACACCUCGGACCGGGGCGUCGUGAAGCGGACCAAGGCCAACAACGGCGUCUUCGAGCCCGAGAUGCGUCUGCCGCUGAGCAUCUACUUUAGUCUCUUUUUACCACCCACCUUUUUCUGGUACGGCUGGUCGACCUACUACCACACGCACUGGAUCGUGCCCGUGCUCGGCCUGUUUCCCUUCUCCUUUGGCAUCAUCGGGCUGUUCCUGCCGCUGACGACGUACCUGGUCGACUGCUACCCCAUCUAUGCCGCCUCGGCCAUCGCCGCCAACACCGUCUUCCGCAGCCUGGCGGGCAUGUUGCUGCCCUUGGCCGGCCCAGACAUGUACCAGAACCUGGGAUUGGGGUGGGGGAAUUCCUUGCUGGGCUUCAUCUGCGUCGUCAUGAUUCCUGUGCCGCUGUUGCUGUACACCUACGGCAAGAAGCUGAGGAAGAUGGGUUUGCAACUCUAGGCUGAGUGCUCACCUGAAGGGGGAAAUGACAGAAUACGAAAAGCGGAUAUCAGCAUGAGACAUGGCGCAUCUGGCAAAGAGGCAAAGGGACACAACGGGACCUCAUGUAUACAAGCAGCGCAUUGUAAAUAUAACAUACGGGAAGGAUCACGGUAGUUUGGCCCAAUUAUAUCAGCAGUUUCAUGUAGUGGCCCCG